AUGUCUGAAGUUAUCGUAGCUAAAGGACAACCUUUACCUGGAGAUCCAGAAAAAAAGGGCUGGUUGUUUAAAUGGACGAACUAUCUCAAGGGAUACCAACGAAGAUGGUUCGUGUUGUCAAACGGACUACUAUCAUACUACAGAAAUCAAGCAGAGAUGGCACAUACAUGCCGUGGAACAAUAUCACUUCUUGGAGCACUGAUUCAUACAGCUGACUCUUGUACUUUUGUAAUCAGCAAUGGUGGAACUCAGACAUUUCAUAUUCGUGCUCAUGAUGAAGUGGAACGGCAAAGCUGGGUCACAGCUCUUGAACUUGCCAAAGCUAAAGCUAUUCGCGCACAAGAAUCUGACGAUGACGAUGAUCAGAUAAAUUCUGGACCAGUGCCACAAACAGAGGGAGAAAGUGAAGAUGCCGGGGGUAUUGCUAGGGAACUAAAUGCAAGGUUUCAUGAUCUACGCACAUGCUCUGAAUUGGUAACUAGACAUGGUGCGGCACUACAGAGGUCUUUAGUGGACCUUGAAAUACCACCAUCAGACACUGCUAAACAGGUUUCAGAAAGAGCUACACUGUUUAGAAUUUCCUGCAAUGCUAUGAUGAAUGCAUGCUCAGAGUUCAUGAGCGCGGCCGCAACAUCCAGCGCGCGCAUGAGUCGUGCCUUACAACACGAACGUGAACAGAAGAUGCGUCUACAAGAGAUUGUGGAACAGCUUGCAAGACAGCAUGACUCUUUGGAGAAGACGGCUAGAAGUACUCCUCAUGCGGCAGGUGGUAAUGGUUCUGGCCCCAACAACGACACAGAAGAUGAGGAACAUGAAUUUUUUGAUGCAGUUGAAGAAGGAACUUCCUCAGGAAUGGAGGACAAAAAUUCUUUUGUAAUCAAAGUACCUGUAAAUAGAAAAAACAAAGUAAAAAGUGGAGAAAGCUCCGACGAAUCAGAGGCAGAAACUGAACUAACGGAAACACAACAAGUAAUAUUCGUAGAAGAUAAAGAGCGUGCAGAGAGUGCAAUGGGAGGUCCGGAAGUCGCCGCCGUUAAUCUCAAAGACCUAAAUAAUAAGGAAAUGGAUAUCAAGAUAUGGCCUCAUGUAUCUCAAGCAACAGAUAGUAUGAUUGAGGGAAAGCCGCGGCGAACACGAGUGCCUGAUAAACCCAACUAUCCCCUUAGCUUGUGGUCUAUUAUGAAGAAUUGUAUAGGUAAGGAGUUAUCAAAAAUUCCUAUUCCGGUAAACUUCAGCGAGCCACUCUCAAUGCUUCAGCGAUUAACGGAGGAUUACGAGUACUCGUAUAUUCUGGAUCAGGCAGCUACUUUCUCAGAUCCUGCGCAACAGUUGGCCUAUGUGGCUGCUUUUACGGUGUCUUCAUAUGCAACUACAGCUAACAGAACGACAAAGCCUUUUAACCCGCUGCUAGGUGAGACAUAUGAAUGUGACAGAAUGUCUGAUCUCGGAUGGAGAGUUAUAUCGGAACAGGUGUCGCACCAUCCGCCAAUGGUGGCCCAAUUCUGCGAGGGCGUGUCCGGGUGGCAGUGCUGGCAGGAGUUCACGAUGACGAGCAAGUUUCGCGGCAAGUACCUGCAGGUGAUACCGCUCGGCGGCGCCUACGCGUACUUCCCCGCUUCCGGCAACAAAUACUCUUGGCGGAAGGUAACGACAACAGUGCACAACAUUAUAGUGGGCAAGCUCUGGGUGGAUAACCAUGGGGACAUGGAGAUAGUUGGUGAAGCCGGACCCGCUGCUGGAUACGUGGCCCAUCUCAAAUAUGUGCCUUAUGGCUACUUUAGCAAGGACACGCAACGGAAGGUCACUGGAGUCGUUAAGGAUCCCAAUGGAGUGCCUCGCUACGUGCUGCAAGGUCACUGGGACACUCGCGUGGAAGUGGCGGCCGUGACGAGUGCGUCCGCAGACAACACGGUGUGCAAGACUGGCAAAUUCACGCUUGCCUGGGAACGGGUGCCGGCCCCCAGCGAUUGUGACAAAUGGUACAACUUCACCCUCCUAGCGGCGCAACUAAACGAAGCAGAAUCGGGCGUGGCGCCCACGGACUCGCGCCUCCGUCCGGACCAGAGACUCAUGGAGGAAGGCCUUUGGGACGAGGCGAACGCCGAAAAGCUAAGGCUGGAGGAGAAGCAAAGGGCUGCGAGACGCGAGUUGGAGGCCGCGGCCGAAGAAGCCGCCGCUCGGGGCAGCCCUCCGCCCCCGCCGAGGGCCCCCGUCUGGUUCACGAGGCAGGCGGCCCCCGGCCAGCCCCAUUUGAGGCAUCUCUACAACAACAAGUACUGGGAGUGCAAGCAGAAGCAGGACUGGUCCGCCUGUGCCGACAUCUUCUAG